AUGUCGGCAAUCAAGAUUGCUCAUUUAGCGUUGAAGCAUCGCCAAAAUAGGAAUCACAAGAUGCGCAUCGUGAUGUUUAUUGGGAGCCCCAUUGAGGGUCUUGAUUCUGCUGAACUGACAAAAAUUGCCAAAAAGUUGAAGAAAGAGAAGGUGCAGUGCGAUGUCAUUUGUUUCGGUGAAGCCGAUUCGGAAAACAGCCAGAUUAUGGGGCAGUUCGUUGAUACAUUGAAUGGAAAAGAAGGAAGUGGUUCAAACCUAGUUGUGGUACCAGCGGGAUCAGCUUUGACUGAAGCUUUGAUUUCAUCUGCCGUUUGCCGUGGAGAAGAUGGAGGCAAUGCCCCUGUCGUUGGAGCAGGCGGAGGCUUCGAAUUUGGAGUUGAUCCGGAAGAUGAUCCUGAUCUCGCUCUUGCAUUGCGCGUUUCUAUGGAAGAAGAACGUGCGCGGCAGGCAGCUGAAGCGGCUGCAGCUGCUGCUAAUGGAGGACAAGCUCAGGCAUCAGGAGAACCAGAAACUGCGCAGAAUGUUGAUGUAAUGGACAUGGAGAUGGGUGAAAUGACCGAAGAGCAGCAACUUGAAUGGGCACUGCGAAUGUCGAUGCAGGAUUCAUCCAGUAUGAAUUUA